CAGAAAACUAGAUUUCCUCACUUUUUCCACUUGGACCUUUUCCAAUUGUCUACUUUCACCUGCCCCUCUUGUGACGAUGGCGACGAACGGCGUCAACGGCCAUGCGGCCCAGGAGACUUGCCCGUUGGAAGAGUUUAUCAAGCAUGAAUAUGAUUAUCUUGUUGUAGGAGGAGGAACAGCUGGGUUGUGUGUCGCCGCGAGGUUGACGGAGAACAAAGAUGUUACCGUCGGCGUGCUCGAGGCGGGAGCCAACCGGAUGGAUGAUCCACAAGUGUACACCCCGUCCAUGUACCCAACCCUCAUCGGACGAGAGAAAUACGAUUGGUGUUACCAGUCCGUCCCCCAGCCCAACGCCGGCAACAAGACCUACUCGAUGCCGCGAGGCAAGCUGCUCGGCGGCAGCAGCGGCAUCAACUACCUCAUGUACGUGCGAGGCUCGAAGAACGACUACGAUGGCUUCGCCGAGCUCGUCGGGUCGGACGAUUGGAAUUUCGAAAGCUUGGGACCGUACUUCCGCAAGCAUCAGAGUUUGGAUACGCCGAACCCGAAGGAGAAGGGCUUUAUGCCUGUUGGGGAUCCUGAGAAAUAUCAUGGGACAGAGGGGCCGAUCCACACCAGCUUUAACGAGUACUAUCAGCCUUUCGAGCAGGACUUCUGCGAGGCUGCGUACGAAGUGGGCGGCAAACCACGCACCCUGCACGAUGCCUACUCGGGUGACCAUAUGGGAUUCUAUUCCAGUCUUGCCGCGAUUGACCGUGUUGGAGACAAAGGACGCCGAUCCUAUGCCGCUACUGGAUACUUCCGGCCGAACAAGAACCGCCCCAAUCUGAAAGUCCUGUGCGAAGCGCACGCUAGCAAGAUAGUUCUCAAUGGCAACACCGCCACCGGCGUCGAGUUCAUCGACCCCCAAGGCAAGAAGCAUGUAGUAAAGGCCUCGAAAGAAGUCAUCCUCUCCGGAGGCGUCAUCGGCACCCCUCAACUCCUCGAGCUCAGCGGGAUUGGCGAUCCAGAAGUCCUCAAAGCGGCCGGAGUCGAAUGCCUGGUUGAGAACAAGGCGGUGGGAGCCAAUUUCCAGGAUCAUGUGCUUGGCGGGAUGCUCUACGACUUGAAGCCUGGCAUUGAAUCGCUGGAUAGUAUGAACAACGCCGAAUUCGCCAAAGCGGCUACCGAGCAAUACGAGAAAACUCAGAAUGGGCCGCUCGGCAGCCCUGGUAUGCUGAUGGGCUUCGUGUCGUAUGCUUCGCUCGUUGGUAAGGAGCAGUUGGAGAAGACGAUCAAGGAGAUUCGAGCCAACUCUCACGCAAAGACGGAUUUUGAGAAGCGUCAGGAGGAUCUGAUUGUCCGACAGCUGUCUGAUGACACGUUUGCCAACAUCCAGACUUUCUGUAUUCCUGCCCAGCUUGAUUUGAGUGCUGGAGAGAGUCAGGUUAAGUUCUUCAGUCCUCCGCCGGAGGGAAAGACCCGCGUCGCCUUGCUGGUGUGCUUGGAGCACCCGUUGUCCAGGGGCACAGUCCACAUUACAAGUUCGGAUCCCACGGCCCAUCCUCGCAUCGAUCCAGGCUACUUCCGAAACAAAGUCGAUGCGAAGAUCCUCGCCGAGGCCAUCAAAUGGAUGGACAAAGUGGCGGCCAAUCAACACAUGGCCAAGUCUCUGGGCGAUCGUGUGCUGCCGCCCAAGGAUGUUGAUAUUACCUCCGAGGAAGCCAGAAUCAACGUGGUGGAAAACCACAUCGCAACUCAAUACCAUAUUUGCGGCUCUUGUGCCAUGGGAGAGGCGACGGAUGCGAAGCUGAAAGUCAGGGGCGUGAAUCACCUCCGAAUCAUUGAUGCUUCGGUGUUCCCCAGCCAUGUCUCCGGCAACAUCAUGGCCACGACAUAUACUGUGGCGGAGAAGGGUGCUGACCUCGUAAAGGCGGACGACAGCCGCUUCAAAUGAGUUGAGAGUGGGAAUUGAAAUGAAGCCGGCAAGGCUGUAAGACUUGGCGCCAGUACAUCGAGGUUGAGAUACGCACAACUCGGUUUGCUUCACUAGCUGAUACGACUCUGAGUAUUUUGCAGAGUAUCAAAGUCUGUUUAUGUUG